UGCAAUAUAAUGACAACUCGCGGAGAGACGGCGUCUCUUGGCUGGUAAGCAGCUACUGCCGGUCACAAGAAUCCAGAGCGUCUGUUCUCUGCCGGAAAGGGUUCCGGGACGUGCCAACCUUUAUGGUUUCCAUAGAAACAAGGCCUCUGCCGUCGAGACGGCCCUGCUUCGCUUUGAAGAGAAUAAUCUGUUGGGAGGUGGUGAUUAAGAGAAGGGAACUCUUUAAAGGAAUUCGUCCCCGCUCAGCUCUGAGGACCUUUCAGUUGGAGGGGCGUUGACUUUGUUCACCGGCCUCCCUUUAAUCAAAGGUAUCCUCUUUCUCAGGAACAACAAUGUUAUAUGCAGAGAAAGAUUUAGAUGAACUUCUUAUCUGUAAAGAACAAGAACUGAAAGAAUUACAAGCUCGACAGAUCCAUUUUCAGCAAACUACACUCCAAGAAACCAGAAAACAACUUCAAGAAGUGCACAGGAAAUAUAACACUUUAAAAGAAGAUUUCAUUUACAACCUUAAAGUCUUAGAGGAGAGAGAUAGAGAAUUGGAGCGCUAUGAUACCUUGUUCAUCCAGUUGAAAAUGGUUGAAAAUGCCAACCAAGCAGAGGUUAGUGAUCUUAGAAUACAGGUGGAUAAGCUGCAACAGGGACUAGCUCAGGAAACAAAAAAACAAGAAGCUCUCAAAGAUCAAUAUCAUCGGAAACUGAAAGAACACCAAUUAGCCUUGGAACAGCUUCACAGUUCCAAAGAUGCUGACAUCAGCCAUUGUCAUGAGGAAUAUGAAAAUAUGAAAGAACAAUUGGAGAGAAAGCUCCAGGAAGUCGAUGGUGAACUUGCUUUGCAAAGACAGGAACUUCUUGUAGAAAUUGACACAGAAAUUAAAAAAAGAGAGCAUGAGUUUCGACAGAAAGCAAAUGAAAUGAGCAACUUAGUUCUGUCCCAUGAGCUUAAGGUGAAAUUGUUGACCAAAGAAUUAGAGGCUUUGAAAGAAGCUGGAAUGAAAGCAGCAGAAUCACUGAAAGUGGCAGAAGCAGCUAAUUUGGAGCUUGAAAAACAAGUUAGAUGCAAAGAUUGGGAAAUAAAAGCUAAUACAGCCGUAAAAGAUGCUCAGAUACAGGAUUUAGAAAGUAAACUUGCUUCAGUGCAGCUUGGCUGGGAAAAAGAAAAAGAAAAAUUUGAGAGAAAGCAUGCUACAAUAGAUCACUUUGCCAGAGAAAAGGAGGCAGUGAUUGCUUCAAUGAAACAAGCUCAUGUUGAACAAACACACAGAUGGAAAAAUCAAAUCCAAAAACUACAGACAAAUAAGAAAACUUUGGAAAUGAAAUUAGAUGAGGCUGAGUAUAGGUUUAGAGACCAGUUGAGAGAAAAAGAGACUAUAAUUGAAAAACUUGAACAUGAACUAGAAGAACUGAAAACAAACUGGGAUUCUCAAGUAGCUCAGAUAUCCAAAGAGACCGUUUCCAAGAAUUUACAGAUUCAAGCACAGCAAGAAGAAGUAGUAAAGCUAAAAGCAGAGGUGGUUGCCUUAAAUCAAGAUAUUGAAAGAUAUAAGCAACAGCUUUCACUUGAAAUAGAGAAAGAAGAGAGUUUGGAAAGAGCUAAAGUGCAAGGAGAGCUGGAAUGGCAGCGGCGAUGUGAGAAUGCUGAAAGGAAUCAAUAUCAUAAAUCAGAGGCUCUGAUACAGAACCUGUCAACAGCUAGGGACCAGGCUACUGCUGCACUAAAAGAAAAGGAAGAAAAAUUGCAUGGAUUAGAGGUACUGUUGUCUACUGUAGCUGUUGAAAGAGACCAAGCUUGUCAACAACUUCGCUUGCUAAAAGAGAAACAGGGUAUGGUAGGAGUUUCUGAACAUCUUCCUCCUGCUGAUAUCCAGACAUUACAGCAGCAGAACAAUAUCUUGAGGUCUGUUAUUGCAGAAAUGAGAAAAGAAAUGGAGACCCUUAAUUAUCAGGCAGCUUCCUUUGAUGACAUCAAAAUGAAAAUGCAAAAUGCAGACCAUAAGCAGUUCCUGCAAGAGGAGAUCAGAACAUUGAAAAAAACACGUGAGGCAAUAGACAAACAGAAAGAAAAUGCAACAGAAGCUUCAAGAAAAGUACUUGUGCCUUCUCUUAAUGUAACUAGAUGUAAUAAAGCUACUCAAACUUUCCAUCUGGACUACUUUGUCAGUGGGAAUGAUGAAUCCAUUGGUAAAAUGGCUCCAGGUGGAUUCCGUUCAUCCCAAGCAACAGUUACUUAGUAUGGCCACAGGUGACGGACCUCAUCAACAUUUUAGAAAACAUGGAAAAGUGAUUCAAGACAGACUGAAAGGAGCUGCAAAAAAGAUCUGCUGCCUGAGCAAAGAGAAACAACAGCUACUAGAGAUGGUAAAUAGACUAAGAACGGAACUUGGAGAAGCUUCAAAGGAAGGAUUUCAGGAUUGCAAUGACUCAAAAAACCCUCAAAAUGAGACAUUCCCUAGUGCCCUUUAUCCCAAAGAACUUGUACAAGAAGCAAAGCAGCAUUUUCUAGCUUUAGAACAUUUGCAGUGCCAUCUUACAAAACAGAUUGGAUCAGACUCAUGUUCAAGAAACUGCACUGCAGCUCCCUCAGUAUCCAAAGCCCCUGUGCUACAGCAGCCUCAACAGCUCGGAAGAGAAAGUCCAAGCAUACCCCAGCAAAGUUGGUUAUCAUCUAGUGCUCCUAGUUCCUUGGAGGAAAUUUGGCAAAUGUUAGAGAUGGGAUCAAGUCCUUCAGUUCUCAGCCCCAGAAACAUUGACCAAGAAAAAUGCCAGAUUAUCUAUGAACCCAAACAAAUUGAAGAAUCUCCAAGAAAAGCACAAGUAGAUCCAUUGGCUGUCAAGGGAACAAAGUUUGAUGUUCAAGCAAAGCUAAAACCAAAGAAAUCACCUUACAUUCAAUCCAACAAACUCCAAAAAUCUCAACGAAUAACUAAAAUCCGCAAUUACAAUAUAAAGGACUGAGAUUUCACUGAACUAUUACAUUUUCUUUGUAUAGUAUGCUGAGAUUCUUUGUUUUCAUUAAAGAUACAAAAUAGUUUAAAUAUUAGUCUUUCAGCUGCAUUGAUAUCACUAAUCUCAUAUUAUUGCAUAUCAAAAAUGCUCAUUUUUCUUUUUCUGCAUUGAAUAAAAUGUAAAAGUCUACCCAAAA